AUCACACACAGACAUUCAACUCCUCAGUGUUAAGUGGCUUUAUCUACAGCGUAGUAAACCCAGCCAACAUGACUCCUCUCAGUGAUCUCCAAAAACUGCUUCCAGCUGUGCUGUUAUGGUUUAUCAAUAUUGAGUUUUGCUUGUCUGAGAAUGAUGAGAAUUCAACGACGUACUACUUUUAUAGCUUGAACACCAGUCUGGAUUAUGAUGACUUUCCUCAGCUCUGCGUCAAAGAAUCCAAUCGCAAAUUUCGCCUCUGGUUCAUGCCAACUUUCUACUCCAUCAUCUGCUUCCUGGGCCUGGUUGGAAACCUACUCGUCAUCUUCACCUUCCUCUACUUCAAACGUCUCAAGACUAUGACAGAUGUGUACCUGCUCAAUCUGUCAUUCGCAGACCUUCUCUUUGCUCUGUCGCUCCCCUUCUGGGCGGCCAACUCCAUGGCAAAAUGGGUGCUGGGCCUCUUAGUUUGCAAAGCCAUGCACACAACUUACAAGGUCAGCUUCUACAGCAGCAUGUUCCUUCUGUCUCUCAUCAGUGUGGACCGUUACUUUGCCAUUGCCAAGGCAGUCUCAGCUCAUCGCCACCGUUCCCAGGCAGUGUUUCUCAGCAAGGUGUCGUCAGCUGUCAUCUGGGCAUUGGCACUGAUCUUCUCCAUACCAGAAAUGACAUACACAACCAUCAACAAUAACACCUGCACACCUUACUCUAGCAAUUCUGACCCGCUCCGUGUGAGCCUUCAGGCAAGUCAGAUUGUUUUGGCUUUUGCCCUGCCGCUCCUGGUCAUGAGCUUCUGUUACAGCAGUAUUGUUCAGACCCUUUGCCAGGCUCGUAACUUUGAACGGAAUAAGGCAAUCAAAGUGAUUCUCACUGUGGUUGCUGUCUUUGUGGUCUGCCAACUGCCGUACAACAUAGUCCUAUUUUGGAUCACCGUUUUAACAGCACAAGGAGGAGCGAAAGACUGUGGCUAUGAGAACCGUCUCCUCUAUGCCAUCGAUGUCACCCAGUGCAUUGCCUUCCUCAGGUGCUGCCUGAACCCUUUCGUCUAUGCCUUUAUCGGUGUGAAGUUUCGUCAUGACCUGCUAAAGCUGCUGAAGGACUUUGGCUGCAUGAGCCAAGAGAGGUUCUUCAGGUACACCUGUGGCAGGAGGAGAAGCUCAGGAGGAGCCACAGAGACCGAGACCACCACCACAUUUUCACCUUAAAGCUGUUUUUUAUGGACAACAGCUUAAACACAUCCACACAACACACAACUGACUAUGGAUAUAAAAAUGGCCAUAUAAAAAUACUUUUAUGUAUAUAGCAAAGUUAUAUGAAAGCAGGUUAUGGGGGGGGGGGCUGUUUUUUUCCCUUUGUA